CACGGUGUCACGUGUGCCUCAGACUGCCCAGGCAAAUCCCCGCACCAUUUUCAGUUGUGUACAAAUAGUUACACACAUGAACAAACAGACACUGAAAACACAACAUAUAUAGCUAAUAACGGCAAUUUAACGAUACAUACAUUUUAUACACACUCAAAAACAGGUGCAUACAAAGUUAUUUUCUCGCAGUAAAAUGUGUGGAAGGACUGCGUGCACCCUUGCUCCUGACGAGGUGAGCCGAGCCUGCAGCUACAGGACCCGGGGAGGACAGAGGAGAGAGCCCCGCUGGAGGCAGGGAGACGCGGAUAAAUACCGACCGUCUUACAACAAGAGCCCGCAGUCCAUGAGCCCGGUCCUUCUGUCACACAGGCACUUUAAUAAGAGUGCUCCUAUCGAUGAGUGUGUGUUGGCCUCCAUGCGUUGGGGUCUGGUCCCUGCCUGGUUCAAGGAGAAUGACCCGAGCAAGAUGCAAUACAGCACCAACAACUGUCGCAGUGAGAGUAUACUGGAGAAGAAAACAUACAAGGACCCCCUGAUAAAAGGGCAGCGCUGCGUCAUCCUGGCUGAUGGCUUCUAUGAGUGGAAAAGGCAGGAAAAAGACAAGCAGCCUUUCUUCAUAUACUUCCCUCAGACUAAGGGAUCCAGUGAGGAUAAAACCGAGGAGGAAGACGACCCCACGACCUCAGCCUGCAAUAAGGAGAACUCGGAGACAGCGUGCCCUCCAGAUUUGGCCUCCCCUGACUCGACUCAGGAAGGAGAAGCACCAGAUGAGUGGACUGGAUGGAAGUUGCUGACCAUGGCUGGACUGUUUGACUGCUGGACACCUCCAGGUGGGGGAGAACCCCUUUACACAUACAGUGUAAUCACUGUUAAUGCUUCCAAAAGCCUGGAAAGCAUCCAUGACAGGAUGCCAGCAAUCCUGGAUGGAGAGGAAGAAGUGAGAAGAUGGCUGGAUUUUGGGGAGGUGAAGUCUCUAGAUGCCUUGAAACUGAUCCAGUCUAAAAGCAGUUUGACUUUUCAUCCCGUUUCUUCGCUAGUAAACAACUCUCGCAACAACUCUCCAGAGUGCCUACAGCCAGUAGAUCUCAACAGCAAAAAGGAGCCCAAAGCCACAGCCAGCAGUAAGAUGAUGAUGAGCUGGCUGAAGAGCAGCACAUCUUCAAAGAGGAAGGACCCCGACACAGGCAAGAGUCCGGAAAAGAAAGAAAUCAAAACAGAGGCUCAGAGCAAACCUGCAGGAGGCCUCCAGCAGUGGCUUCAGGGGGCCAAUAAGAAACCAAGAACCAAAUAAAGAUGUGAACGUGGGCAUUUAAGCCUUAUUUAUUCCACUUUUCUAUUUUGUCCUGAUAAACAAAGUAUGCCUUUGCUUAGAAACCAAAUGUAUUUUACGAAAAUGCGUCACCAUUUCAUUUCAGUAUGUUAAUAAAUGUCAGAAAUAA